AUGGAACACGAUAGUGCACGGAAAUCAGGCCAAGGGUCGGCAAGGACGUUUGUCGCCUUCCAAGAGUCUUCUGCGGCCGUCGGCGGGCGUCUGGCGCGACUGAAGCGGUACAUCCCACAUUUGCGAGUCCUGCCUGAGGACGUGGAAGUGCCUGAGGACGUGGAAGUGCCUGGCCGCGGCGAGGACAACACGGGAAGCGUUUGCACGGCAGAUUCGCGGAUAACCGACGAUAAAGUCGACGCCACUCGCGUGAGCGACGGGAGCGAGGCGGCUGCGGUCCAGCUGGAACCAGGGCGCUGCUACGAGUUGCGAGAUGAGGCCGGGCGCAAAUGGUGGCGCUUUUUCUUCGAAUACGAAUACCGGGUCAAUAAGGCGUACCUGACUGAGCGCAAAUGGCACCAGUUUCUUUAUCCGAACCAAAGUACGAAGUCGCCAGCCGAGAGGACCCUGCUGUACAAACUGGACAUCUUCCUGGGGUUGUAUUUCCUAAUCCUGUGCUGGUGCAAGUCUCUGGACUCGAACAACCUGACGAACACCUAUAUCUCGGGAAUGCGGGAGGAUCUGGGUAUGCAUGGGAACGACCUCAUAUACACCUCGACGAUUUCCAAAAUCGGCGCGAUUGUCUUCCAACUUCCGUUUGUCUAUCUCCUUCCGCGGUACCCGUCCGUUUACAUCCUGCCAUUGAUGGACUUGGGUUGGUCGUUCUUCACCAUUAUGUGCGCAUUCGCGCGCACGGUGCCCGAACUCCAGGCAUACCGUUUUCUGAUCAGCGCAUUCGGCGCCGCCUACUACCCCGUUUCACAAUACGUGCUGGGUCUUUGGUACGCUCCCGAUGAGCUCUCGAGCAGAGUGUGUCUCUUCUUCUGCGGCCAGCUUCUCGGCGGCGUGACCUCCGGCGUCCUGCAGGCGCGCAUCUACAAGUCGCUGAACAACGCCAUGGGCUUCGCAGGCUGGCGCUGGAUGUUCCUGAUUGACGGUUUGGCGAUCUCAAUUCCUACCGUGAUCCUCGGCUUCUUUGUGCUCCCCGGUAUACCCUCCAAGUGCUACUCGCUUUUCCUCACCGACGAGGAGAUCCGCAUCGCACGCCAGCGUAACAGACAAAACCACAUCGUCGACAACGUCAGCGCUAACCAGCUUCUCUCGCUGCGCUCCUGGCGCCUGUGGAAGAAGGUGCUGCUCAGCCCCGCCCUCUGGGUCCUCGUCGUGUUCGACACCUGCUCGUGGAACAACAUGACCGCUUUCAGCGGCAGCUUCAGUCUCUGGCUGGACGACCAACGCGCAAGGGGCCGCUGGUCAACCGUCGCAAUCAACAACCUCUCCGCGCUGCCCGCCGCCCUGGGCUUCAUCUACGUCUUCUUCUGCGCGUGGGGCGCCGACCUCUUCCGCAGCAGGUGGUUCUUCCUGGUCUUUGCCGCCGUCGUCAACUGUGUCUCCUGCGGCCUGCUCGUCCGCUGGGACAUCUCCGACGGCGCCAAGUGGUUCGCCUUCCUCACCACUUACUGGUCCGUCGCGCCCUCGCCCUGUCUCUGGGCGUACAUCAACGACUUCCUGCGCGCUGACCCGCAGGUCAAGGCCGUGUCCUGGAUCGUCAUCUACUCCGUCUCCCAGUCCAGCUACGCCUGGAUCCCCACCCUCGUGUGGAAGACCACUGACGCCCCCGUCUUCCGCGCAGGCUACAUCUCCUCUCUCGUCUUCGGCGCGGUAUACGGGCUCUGGACCUUCGUCGUGCUCUACUUCUACAAGCACAUCGAGCGCCGCCGCGCGCUCGAGAACGGCAUCAUCCUGUACAACUCCGCCCACAGCCCGCCCCCCUCCUUUGUUGCCGCCCACAUGGUGCGCCGCGGCGAGUACUACUACCUGCGCGACGCAGCUCGUUAG